UAGUGUAAUGAGUAGAGUGAAAAACGUACAGAGCAGCGUGUCCUGCUGCCCAGCCCCGGCUGUCGUUCAAGUAAAAGAAGGAAACCGGACGCAGCUGCAGCGCGCAGUUCACGGCCAGACCCCGAACAGACACAAUUUGUUUUGAUCUCUCUUUCCUUUCGACUCCUCCACAUUGAAGCCUCAGCCUGUUGCACAUUUUGUUUGUAGGCUACUGAGCGCACAGUGUCUCUUGCGCGCUGGGAGCAUGGCUGCCAUCAAGGCUUUGGAGCAGUGGUGUAAAGUGCAGUGUGACGGCUACCGAGAUGUAGCCAUCACCAACAUGACUACAUCAUUCAAGAACGGAUUGGCGUUCUGUGCGCUUAUACACAAGUACAGACCGGACCUGAUAGACUAUGACUCACUCAAAGAGGAGGAUGUGUUUGAGAACAACAGACUGGCUUUUCAGGUCGCAGAGGAGAAGUUGGGAAUUCCAGCUUUAUUAGAUGCAGAAGACAUGGUGGCUUUAAGGGUCCCAGACAGGCUGAGCAUUCUUACCUACGUCUCCCAGUACCACAACUACUUCAAAGGACGGCCUCCCAUGGGAGGUGUAAAAAGGCCAGCAGAGGGCUCCAAGGAGGAGCCAUCAGAGAAGAAAAAUCUCCCAGUGGUUGCCAAAACCUUUGUGCCUAAAACUGCCAUUGAGAAUCGUUUACCUUCCACCCUCGCUGCUCAGACCUCACCUAAGUUGGCCAGAGCUGCUGUUCAGAAGGAAGUUCUUGCGGAAAACUCCAACAAAAAUGGAACUCUCAAUAGCAAAUGUGCUGCAUGCAAGAGCCAUGUUCAUCUGGUUCAGAGGCACUUUGUGGAUGGCAAGCUCUAUCACAGAAGCUGUUUCAAAUGCAGUGAAUGCUCCAGCUUGCUUCAUUCAGGAGGCUACAAACCUGGGAAGAAUACAGACACUUUUAUCUGUAAUGCCCACCAGGACAGCUGCAAAUCAUCCUCCGAAGCUGGGAUCAAAAACGGAACUGUCAGUUCAGCUGGGUGGUUAAAUACUACCAGCCAGACCCAUCCUGCAUCACGCCCCUCUUCUUCUGUGCUGUCAGCCCCACUGAAUAUUGUCCUAAAGCCAGUCUGUCCCACUUUACCUUCUCAGUCCUGGACGGCCUCAGCCCAUAAAACGCAGACGGCCAGGCAGAGGUUUUUCCAGGCUGCAGCGCCAGUCACAGAGGCCUCAACAGGUAUCAGGAAGCCCACAGAGCCCUCAAGUGUUUUAGGAAGGCCAAAGGCCCCACUUAGUCCUGAUGAUGAGAAGAGCAGAGUCAGAACAACCACUGUAAAGAUAUUGGCAGAGGAAAACCGCAACAAUAACAACAAACACCUGUUUACCAUCCGAUCAGCAGAGAGACGGUUUGGAGACAAGCCAAGUUCAGCUGACAGCCCCAGUUUGAGAAAAGAUAAAUGUAGCCAAGGCCCAGCAGGAAACUGGGCAGGACAGCCCUCCACCAGCCAGACAAACAAUAAGGAACCGCCAUGUCUGAAGGCCAUCAACAAAGACAACACAAGGCCAACAACUGUACACACAACUGCCAAAGAUCAAGUCUGGGGACAAUUGAAGCUCAAACCUGUGAAAAUUGAGCAAGGUUUAAAACAUGCUGAAGCCUUUACUGAGCAACAUAAGCCUGGAUCCAUGUCCGCGACUUCCUCUAAUGUCCCCAGCAGUAUAACAAGGUCUCCCAUGGCUCCCACACCUGCAGUACCUCCUGUUACUUUUGCUCUGUUUGAUCCUGAACACUUUAGGGUAGUGUCUCCCCUGAAACCUCAGCUUGGUUCUGGAAACCUUGGUUUUAAACAUGGGAGUCACUCGCCUGUGAAAUCCCCACCCAGACGGCCAGCUGUGGAAUCUAUUAGCUCUUCGACAACUGCUCCAGCCAAUCAUGGAAAUCCGUCAGGUGCUAAAAAGGGAAAGUAUUUGUCACCCCCCAACGCCUCCAGAACUGAAAUGAGGUCACCCUCUGUGAAGUCUUAUCAUAUUCCAGUGGAGCAGAUUGAGAGGGACCUGAAUGAUAUUGAGACAAACGUGGCUCAGUUAGAGAAGGAGGGUGUGGAGCUGGAAAAGAAACUCCGCAGCUGUGAGGAAGAGGGGAAGGGAGACGUAUUGAUGGACCCACUGAUGGUCGACUGGUUCAACCUGAUCCGAAAGAAGCAGAUGUACAUCAGGAAGGAGUCAGAGCUUGUAUACAUAGCCAAGACUCAGGAGCUGGAGCAGCAGCAGCCAGGUGUGGAGGGGGAACUUCGUAGACUGCUAGAGAAGCCAGAUCAUUUAAAGUCCAGAGAGGAGCAACAGCGGGAGAAGAAGUUGAUGCAGAGACUGAUGGAGAUUGUGGAUGGCAGAAAUGCAAUAGUGGAGGGUCUGGAUGAAGACAGGCUGAGGGAGGUUGAGGAGGAUCAGCAGCUGAAUGAAAUGAUGCAAAAUCUUGGAGUAAAAAGAGCAAAAAAUAAGAGGAAAUCUUCCAUCUCAAAACUGUUCAGGCGAAUUCAAAAAGAAAAAUGAAAAUGGUGUUUAAUUACCUGGAAAAUGCAGCUUUGAGUUUUUCUCUUACAUUGAUUAGACUUCACUGUCACAAGAAAAAUGCCUUGAGUCACGGAUAUGUUUGUUCUGUAAAUAUUCUGUAUUUUUAUUGAAUGAUUGGAAUGAGGUCUCGCACUGGGUCAAAGAAAUUGGAUGUUGGGUGUUAAAAACUAUACUAACUAAAAGCUAUCAUGAUUUUUUGAAUUACAGAGGGGACACUGGCUGUUCCACAUGAAAAUAAGAAUGAGAAUAUCCUUCAACAGUCUUGAUCCAAAAUGAAAUUAUUUCAGUAUUUAUUUAAUAAUGGAUUUUAACAAAUUUCCCGUAAGGAUAUUAGCAGGAAAAAAAGCCUUGACAAUUAAGCUUGAAUGGCUGUGGAGUGUAAAAUGGAGAGCCACACAUGUUGAACUGCUUUGUUGCAGACUGUAGUUCCUCUCUCACACUGUACUGUAGGUGGCAGCCUGGGUAUGCUGUAUCACAAGGCAAGAACUUGGAAAUCCAAUUUGCCACAGUACGGACAGUUAAUUUCUUUGCUAAUUUUAUAAAUGCUGCAAAAAUGUUCAGCUGUGCUGAUACAAUAAUGUUAUGUGAAAGAGGAUUAGGUAGAGCAGUAGCUUAUGGCCAGGGAAGGCUUAUAAACUAUAGGUUGUAGUGAGCUUUUUUAUCUUCAUACCGGUUUAAUUAAACAUUUACUCUUUACUAAUAUCUGCAUCAGAAAUGCUCAACACCUGAGCCAUUCAAAUGCUUAAACGUCGUGUGGAGUCACUCAUGUGUGAAACUGGCAUUCCUGGUGUGAACCUACUGCAAUGUGUGCAUUUUAAAUGUUACUGAAUGAUAUGUACUUGUACUCUAAUUAUUGUAUUUUUAAACUUGAAAUCUGUAGUCCAAUAAAUCCUUUGAAGAUUA